UAGCAGCACAACGGGGAGAUCGUGGCAUCCUCAUUGCUCCACUUGCCUGCAAGGGUCUGCCUUGGGACGUGUAAAAUGGAGUUGUUCACAGGUUCUGCAUUUACUGGUGUCUCUUUGUGCUUGCUCGUGUUUGUGGGCUUAGCAUCAUCUGCAGAGAAACCUCUCAACCAAGGUUUGCAGUGUGAUGGAUGUGUGGCGGUUUUACAAGAGCUGCACAAAAAGUUGUCAGACUGCCAGGGAAGGAAGAAAGUAAUCCAGCACGCACUGAAAGGGCUCUGCCAAACGGAAAACUUUGUCAUCUACAGACACAGCCCACCAAAAAUGGUGAAGGCCUGCAACUUCAUCACUGAGAGCUUUGGAAAAGAACUGAAGGACAGCCUUCACACCUUCUACAAAAAAUACCGCGUUAACGACAACGUCAAACUGCAGCAAGAGUUUUGUGAUGAAACUAUUAAAGUGUGCUUGCCUGGCCAGAGGGACACAGACAUACGGAUGGCUACAGCACAUGGCGGUGGGAUUACCCUCGAGGACGCCAAUAAAAAAAUUGCGGAACAGCUUUCUGGUCAUCAGGAAGAACCAGAAACUGUCAUCGAGUCACCAGAAUUAUUUCAUGAGAAGGAUGAACUAUGAAGGAUUAAUUAUAUACCUUUUUAUAGUG